ACAGGCAUCUCAAGUAUUCCAACAUGUGGAAUAGUUUCUAGCCUGUACAAUUAGGCUAAUUUGUAUAGCUAAAAAAUUUUAUGCCUCUUUUAUUUAUUUUUAUUAUUUUUUUGUCUUUUCCAAAAACACCAUUGACUCUAUGGGGGAGUCAAUCAGAAUUGAUGAAUGAUCCUCCAUUUGCAGAAUUGCUACCCACAUUUUCCUUCUGCCAUAGAAAAAAAUUCACUGUGUCCUGUUGUAUCAGUAAACAAUCUGGUUACAAAAUGGCGGUUGGGAGCAGAGGCCCUUCCCUCUUUCUCCAGUCCUCUAUUGGAAGUGAUCUCUCUUUGGCCUGUAGGGGGAGGGCUUGGGAAGAAGAACAGCACCACAAGGCAAUGUUUUUCAGAUAUUGCUAUAACAAAGCCAAGCCUUUUUCCUCUCUUACUUCUGCUAUAUGAAAUAUAUAAUGCUGAGAUUGCCAAAAUGAAACUAUAGUAGUCAAACUGAGAUGAGAGCAGUUGUGGACCUGCAUUGUUGUCACAAUAUAAACAAUAGGAAUGUUCUGAUAAGGAAAUUGGUAUGGAGCUAAGGUCAGGUUUGAGCCUGUCAUACCAGAAAUGCCUUUGGAAAAAGUUUCAGUACAAAACAAAGCAAACAUCUGGGUUAGCGUACGUCCUGGGACUAAAGUAUGGAGGUGCUGCCACUUACUGGAUGUCAGAUUUUCAUGUUCGGUUUCUCUUCAGUAGCUACUGUAUAUUUUUGAACAAGUGACUAGUUUACAAGCAUCAGGCUCGUUUCACCCAAACAGAAUUCAGGUUAUGGCUGGUUCAGUUCUUUGUAUGGUCUGAAGGACCGUGUUUGGCUAGUUCUCUGUUUGAAAAUGUCAUUAGCUGCAUCUUCAAGAUGCAGGAGCCUGAGUGUGCAAGUUGUUGUUUGCCAGGUCACUAGUUUAGAAAAAGUUUUAGUGUCACUCAGUUUUAGUACUGUGAAAUUGAGUCAAUUUAUUGUACUAUUUGGACAGACGAUUUCUGACACAUGCCAGUUAAGUAAUGUCUGGAAUGAUUAUGAUUAUCGACUCACACAGGACCAGCGAUUUCUAAACACUUUAUAAAUCCCAUGCGUACUACAUACACGUUCAUUUAAUACCUUUAUUGCAAGUGCUUGUUGGAAGCCUUACAGCCAUGCAAACUGUUGUUGAUCUUACCCCAAACCACCAGACGUGUCAUUUCUCUGACAAGUGAUCUAUGUUUUAUUGUUCUGCAUUUGAAAUUCAGACAGUUCUUGGUUUUGGUUAAGUUGUUAGGCCAGAGACAGUAGAAAAGAGCGCUUUCUGGACUGUCAGUACUGAAGAAAAGUGCCAAUCCUCUUUUCCCACAGGAUAUACUGGAAUCUUUACCCAAAUGUCAGGUCAGACAGGAUAUAUUGGCAUUACCCAGGGUUAUUUCUACUGGUCAUUUUAUUGAAGGUAAUAUACUGUGUCAUUUUUCCCCCCCCCCAAAUGUCUAUACAAACAGUCUAUAAAAAUUCCUGACAUGACCAAUUCGAAAGGGACUAAAAUCCCAGAGAUACUCUGGUGAUCAUGACCUUACACCACCUCCCCAUGUUAAAGUAAUCCAAUUUGAAUCGAAUUGUGAUUCAGCAUGGAUAUUUUCACUCUUUGAAUAGGAAUAAUGCUGUUUUUUUUUGUUUUGUUUUGUUUCAUGUACAAGAUGCAGUAUGUAAAUUGGGGGAAGGGUAACCAGCAAGGUUGCUGGAUGAAUUCAGAUGUUUUACAAAUCAGUAGUAUUAAAUGAAGGUAUGAAACCAGCUAUGGAGCAUCAGUGUUUCAGAUCCUUUCAAGGAUUGAUUUUCAGCACUUUUUUUUUUUUUUAGAUAUAUAAAUAUAUAUAUACAUAUAUAUAUAAUUUUCUGAUGUGAGCUAAUUAAUCAGGCCUUUGGUGAAAGCAACAUCUUGGUUCAAAGAGAAACCGAGAUAGAAAGCCUAAAUCAAAAAAAAGAGAUUGCCAACACUUGGGACUUUGUGUAAAAACAAUGGUGUAUCCAUGUUCACAACUCUCGAUUAAAGAAGGACAUCAAGACCACACUGGAAGCUAGAUUUGACUGAAAGAGAGAUUCCUUUGGGAGUAAGUGAUGGACGCUUUGCACAGAAAUGCCCAAUGGUUCACUAUGACAGCCUCUCAUAUUGUCAUUUUUGGUUUUGAUGGAUCAGAACCUCUCAGGGUUGGUUAGGUGUGGGGGGGACUCUUAUUAUGAAGUGGCUCCCCUUGUGGUGAGCGAGGGGAAACAGAAAGAAGGACCGACCUUUGUUGAGAGAGCAGCUCCAACAAACGGCAGCCAUUUUCUGUGUCCUGUGGAAGGCAGCCAGCGUGGCUGCCAAUCAGAUGAGGAGGUUCUGGGGAGCAGAGGCAUGGCUGGGGGAGGGGCAGCCAGGGGAAGAGCCUGGAUUUUGCUGUAAUUACUACACCUUCUGACCUCCUUCCUUUGAGCAUGGCUGCUGAAAAUCACUACAGUAGAUGUUGAAGGCUGGCAAGUGAGUGAGUGAGAGUGUGCAAUGAGUGCUUGUAUAAGUCUAGUUGCUUUGCAGUUGCCUCAGUAGAUGGUGCUACUCGCCUGCUUCUAUCCUUCUCAAAAGACAGCAAGUUUAGCACUUGCUUAGUGUUUCUCAGGUUUUCUUUAGAUUUUUUCUUUGCUCAUUAUCGAUCUUGUUAAUGUUGACCUGUUUGUCUCUGUUGCAGAAUCCAUGCAUUCCUUCUUUGCUCAAUGGUCCUGGAUUGAUCAGUGAACUCGGAGAAUAUAGAUCUGAUUGCAUCAUUUUGACUGCCAUCCUACAGGGAGCAAGCCCGGCUCUGUGUUGAGCAGACCGGCUAUGGCAAAAUCUUUUCUGAGCCAUGACACACCAGACUGCUUUGCCUCUUGUGCAUUAAUUGUCCUUCCUUUUUAAAGUUGUUUGGGCAAGCCUGCUGGUUUGGUCAAAGGGAUCACAGGGAAGAGAGAACCAAUGAAGACUGAGAGUAUGAAAGACUCGCACAACGAAGCAGGAGAAGGCCUUGAGGAGCCCUCGAUUAGGCGACUAGAACCUUUGAAAGCAGCAGAAGAGCUGAAUGGGACCUUUAAGAGCACAGAACCCGACAAAGCUCAGCAGGACCUCGAUGUCCAAAGGGCAUCCACCCAAUCACAUGCCGUGGAGAAUGGACUCUCGGAAACCGAUCCUCCUCACGGCUCCACAGUGGGCAGUAACGGAUAUAUUCUCAGUAAAGCCCAGGAUGACUCGCCGGCUACCCAACACAGGACUAACUGGUCCCCUAAGGGAUCUUCACCCGUAGGGUACGCAGCUAAAACACUCCCUCUUUCAUCUACAUCUCAAACCCAGGGCCAGGGAGCUUUAAGGACUAACACAAGCACAGGGCCCAGUCUGGCAGAGGGGCGCUUGGAAAACGAGACUAAAAACGGCACUGCUACGAACACGCCUCCACGUGUGACGGUACACCGAGCACGCAAGACCAUGUCCAGGCCAGCCUCGAAUCACGCACUAAAGGUUUUAAACAGGGAAAUAAAAGAGCCAAGCGUGGUGAAAGGUGAGAGUGUGGACAGAUCAGAAGCUCAACCGCCUGUGCAAGCUCCUCCCACUCAGAACCAGCUACCUCAGAAGCAAACCGAUGCCACACCAGCACCAAUCGCCACACCAGCCAAGACACACACAGCAUCUGUGUUGAGGAAGAAGAAGAGAAAGAUGGGAACAUACAGCCUUGUUCCCAAGAAGAAGACCAAAGUGCUAAAGCAGCGCACGGUUCUGGAGAUGUUCCAGCGUGUGCCCCAGUCUCCGGCCACUCCUGAGCAGCCAAAAGAGAUUGUGCAGGUGAACGGGGAUCGAGCAGAGAACGAGUCUGACGAAUCAGAGUCGGACGACGAUUCCGAAGAUGAAGAAGAGAUGACCGGAAAAGAAAUGGCCGAAGCAUCUCAGGAGGACAGCAGACUGGCUUCAAUCCCACAGCUUGGAGAGGAGCACGAGUCUGAGGAGACUGCAGAAGAGGAAGGGGAAGAAGAUGAGUCAGACUUGAGUUCUGAAUCCAGCUUAAAGAAGAAGGUGAAAAAGAAGGCCAAGGCAGACAGCCCUUGGCUCCGGCCUGCCAGAAAACGUAAAAAGAAGUUUAAGACAAAGUCCAUGGAAAUUUCAGGCAUGAAUGCCCAGACUCAAUUAGAGAUUCCAGCCCAAACUACUGCUCCUCUCACUUCUCCUGCUGACCAGGACAAAGAGUACACAGAGGUUCCAUUGGAGUCGCUUAACCUGAAAGCCCAGGAUGCCUUGCUAAACACAGAAAGCACUGAAGCCUCUAGCACAGCACAGAGUUCAUCGGCGGACAUGGUGCAGGAGCUUCCGCUGUGUAGCUGCCGCAUAGAGACACCCAAGAGCCGAGAGAUCCUCACUCUGGCUGACAGGAAGUGCAUGGCAACCGAGAGUGUGGAUGGACAGGUGAGAACAUGCAGUGCAAGCAAUCUGAGUCGGUGUCAAAGCGCAGUGCUGAAGCACGAGAUGAUGAGGCCGUCGAACUCUGUGCAGCUACUGGUGCUGUGUGAGGAGCAUCGCACAGGAAUGAUCAAACAUCAGUGCUGCCCUGGCUGUGGCUACUUCUGUAGGGCGGGAACCUUCAUGGAGUGCCAGCCAGAGGUGAACAUCUCUCACCGCUUUCAUAGUCACUGCGCGUCAGUACUGAAAGGUCAGAGCUUCUGCCCACACUGCGGUGAGGAGGUCAGCAAGGCCAAAGAGGUCACCAUCGCCAAAGCAGACACCACCUCUACAGUGCCCCAGAGCCAGAGCCCCAGCACCCCGGUGACUUCAGAGGGCAAGGCAGACACCACCACCGGAGGGCUGUCUCGCCUCUCGUUACCGGGAGAAGGGAGAGCAGACAGCACUUUAUCCAAACCUUCUGAAGCUGGGAAUGGAUCACUCACCCCAGAAGCCAGCAGGCCGGAACACGUGGGUGCAGGAGCUGUUGCCGGACCCCCUAUAACACCUCCUAAGGAGACUCUGGAAACCAUUUUGUUGGCACUGGAUGCAGAGAAGCCCAAGAAGCUUCGCUUUCACCCUAAACAGCUGUACAUCUCUGCUAAGCAGGGGGAGCUGCAGAAAGUCUUAAUGAUGCUCGUGGAUGGAAUUGACCCAAACUUUAAAAUGGAGAGCCAGAGCAAACGUACGCCGCUUCAUGUAGCAGCUGAGGCCGGACAUCAAGAGGUCUGCCACAUGUUGGUCCAGGCCGGUGCCAACCUGGACAUAUGUGAUGAGGACCAGCGCACACCUCUGAUGGAGGCCUGUGAGAACCAUCAGCUGGAUACAGUACGCUACCUACUGAGAGCUGGAGCCAUCGUUUCCAACAAGGAUGCUGAAGGCUCUACGUGUCUCCACCUUGCUGCUAAGGCUGGACAUUUUAAUAUCGUAAAACACUUGCUGUUUACAGGCCUUGUGGACAUUAACUGUCAGGACGACGGUGGCUGGACAGCAAUGAUUUGGGCGACAGAGUACAAACACGUCGAACUGGUCAAGCUGCUGCUAUCUAAAAAUGCCGAUCCCAACAUCAGAGACAAGGAGGAAAAUAUCUGUUUGCACUGGGCAGCUUUCUCCGGCUGUGUGGAGAUCGCUGACGUUCUUCUGAGUGCCAAGUGCGAUCUUAACACGGUCAACGUGCACGGAGACUCGCCCUUGCACAUCGCAUCGCGGGAAAACCGGUUGGAUUGUGUCACGUUGUUUCUGUUGCGGGGGGCUGAUGUGAACCUAAAAAACAGGGAAGGAGACUCGCCACUAGAAUGCUGCAGCCAGAACUCCAAGGUGUGGAGCGCUCUGCACGCCAGCAAGAGGCAGAGGGAGGCGAGCGGUGAAGGACGCGCCUCAGGAGAGAAGCUCCUCAACAGGGAUAUAUCUCGAGGUUAUGAGAGAGUACCUGUGCCAUGUGUGAACGCUGUGGACAAUGAGCCUUGCCCCAAUGACUACAAAUAUGUGCCUGACAGCUGUGUCACCUCCCCCAUGAACAUAGACAAAAACAUCACUCACUUACAGUACUGCGUCUGUAAAGACGACUGCUCCUCGGCCAGCUGCAUGUGCGGUCAGCUCAGCCUGCGCUGCUGGUAUGACAAGGAGAGCCGUCUGCUGCCAGAGUUCUGCUCUGAGGAACCGCCUUUCAUUUUCGAGUGCAACCAUGCCUGUUCCUGCUGGAGAACCUGCAAGAACCGCGUUGUUCAAAAUGGACUACGGAUUCGACUGCAGCUGUUCAGGACUCAAAAAACGGGCUGGGGUGUUCGGACAUUACAGGACAUCCAGCAAGGAACCUUCGUCUGCGAGUACGUCGGGGAAAUCAUCUCAGACGCAGAAGCAGAUGUCCGGGAGAUUGAUUCCUACCUUUUCAGCCUGGACAGCAAGGUUGGCGAUAUGUAUUGUAUAGACGCCCGUUUCUAUGGCAACAUCAGCCGGUUCAUAAACCACCACUGCGAGCCGAACCUGUUCCCCUGCCGAGUGUUCACCUCCCACCAGGACCUGCGCUUCCCGCACAUCGCGUUCUUCGCCAGCAAGAACAUCAGCGCCGGAGACGAGCUAGGGUUUGAUUAUGGUGAUCAUUUUUGGGACGUGAAGGGCAAACUGUUCAGCUGCCAGUGCGGCUCGUCUCAGUGUAAGCACUCGGCGGCAGCGAUCGCUCAGCGGCAGGCGGACAGCACGCCAGGAGAACCGCAGGCCACCACCCUCCCAGACACCAGCUCAUCUACCACACCAUCCAGCCCCACCUGAGCCUUGCCAUGCUCCUACCCUUAUCCUCCAUCUACCAGCCAUCGCCACUGCACACACCCCUCAGCAGGGGAAUCCUAGCAGAGAGGCAGCCUGGACCACUGGCAUUUUUGGCUACAGCGCUCUUGGUUUAACUUGUUGUUGGACUGCAGAUGAAGGGUUAUGCACAUGUACAGAUAGUUUGUGUUCGCGGAGGAUAUAAUCUGACUAUGGUGCUGUAGCGUGUUUGCUCUCAGAAAGCUGAGGUUGUGCUCGAGGCUGUCCUCGAGCCCCUGCACGAUUAUGCAUCGUGUCCGUUGAACAUGCAGAAGAUGAUGUUUUAAUGUUACCAACGUCCACACACAAUUCAAAAGCCGUGAUGCGUUUACUUUUCCUCGUCUACAGAUUUUCCGACACGAGACGCACUCCGUUGUGGCACACGUACAUUUCUCAAGGACUUCAUUCUUCAUUUUAUUUUGAACUUUUAAAAUUUCCCCAAAUAAAUGUUGUAUUUUCAAAAAAACAAACAAAAAAAAAGCUGGAUGUGUGAUGAACAUAUAUUAUUAUUUUAUUUUCAGUUGACUCAUUUCCAGAUAUUAUGAGCGUCUGUUUGUGUGGUUAAAUUCUCAUCGGUGCUGGACGUUAUUUAUUUGCCAGUUUGUCGAUCGAUUCCCAUCUGCUGGAUGUAUUCCCGUAAUCCUGCACAGACCGUGGGAGGGACCGUGAGCCUCAGAGACAAACUGCCCACUUUGAGCUGACUCCUGCAUGUUACUGAUUAAAUCUGAAAAGCUUCUUAUGCUGUUUCAUUGCUGCAAAACUGUAAACUGGUCAUGAGAGGAUUUCUGAACGACCUGCUUUAUGAUCUCCAGGAGUGGAUGAACUCAUCUCAGCAGUGACGGUCUGUCUUUCCUUCAUGAUCAUCAUGUCAAAACUUUAACAUUUGGCAUUAAAGGCCAUAUGUAGUCUAAUAGGAAUUUUGGUUAGGGAAUUUGUGGUUAUUGAAUACUGCAAAUGGUGCUGAACAAAGAUUUUGUUUGUUUUUAUUUUUUUAUAACGCAAUGUGAGAAUACACAUUCGGAAAGAAGAUUAACCAAGUGAUGUUUUUUUUUUUUGUUGUUCAUUUUUUUAUUAAAUUUACCUUCGGUUUUCUAACUGUAGAUGACAUUGUUAGCCUGUACCCAUUUUGUUACAUUUAAUGAUUUAAUGUUGACCGUGAAGCUAUGUCCUUUUUUUUUUUUUAAAUGUUUGAUAGUAUAGUCACAACCAUUGUGCUCAUUCUGCCAUGUAGAUCCAAAACACUGCAAAAUGAAAAGGAAAAAAAAUGCUACGUUUUUCUCAACCGAGACCCGAAGGUGGUUGUAAUUAUUUUUUUCUCUAAUAAAUUUACUUCUAAUAAAAGAUCACACUUUUUUUGUGGG